GUAUGUGGGUGACGUGGAGGGUGUGUGUGUGUGUGUGUGUGUGUGUGUGUGUGUGUGUGUGUGUGUGUGUGUGUGAUGAAGGGUGUGUGUGUGUGGUGGAGGGUGUGUGUGUGUGUGUGUGUGUGUGUGUGUGUGUGUGUGUGUGUGUGUGUGUGUGUGUGUGUGUGUGUGUGUGUGUGUGUGUGUGUGUGUGUGUGUGUGUGUGUGUGUGUGUGUGUGUGUGUGUGUGUGUGUGUGUGUGUGUGUGUGUGUGUGUGUGUGUGUGUGUGUGUGUGUGUGUGUGUGUGUGUGUGUGUGUGUGUGUGUGUGUGUGUGUGUGUGUGUGUGUGUGUGUGUGUGUGUGUGUGUGUGUGUGUGUGUGUGUGUGUGUGUGUGUGUGUGUGUGUGAUGGAGGGUGUGUGUGUGUGGUGGAGGGUGUGUGUGUGUGGUGGAGGGUGUGUGGUGGAGGGAUGUGUGUGUGAUGGAGGGUGUGUGUGUGAUGGAGGGUGUGUGUGUGUGUGUGUGUGUGUGUGUGUGUGUGUGUGUGUGUGUGUGUGUGGUGGAGGGUGUGUGUGGUGGAGAGUGUGUGUGUGGUGGAGGGUGUGUGUGUGUGUGUGUGUGUGUGUGUGUGUGGUGGAGGGUGUGUGUGUGUGUGUGUGUGUGUGUGUGUGUGUGUGUGUGUGUUGUGUGUGUGUGUGUGUGUGUGUGUGUGUGUGUGUGUGUGUGUGGUGGAGGGUGUGUGUGUGUGUGUGUGUGUGGUGGAGGGUGUGUGUGUGUGUGUGUGUGUGUGUGUGUGUGUGUGGUGGAGGGUGUGUGUGUGUGUGUGUGUGUGGUGGAGGGUGUGUGUGUGUGUGUGUGUGUGUGUGUGUGGUGGAGGGUGUGUGUGUGUGUGUGUGUGUGUGUGUGUGUGUGGUGGAGGGUGUGUGUGUGGUGGAGGGUGUGUGUGUGUGUGUGUGUGUGUGUGGUGGAGGGUGUGUGUGUGGUGGAGGGUGUGUGUGUGUGUGUGUGUGUGUGUGUGUGUGUGUGUGUGUGUGUGUGUGUGGUGGAGGGUGUGUGUGUGGUGGAGAGUGUGUGUGUGUGGUGGAGGGUGUGUGUGUGUGUGUGUGUGUGUGUGUGUGUGGUGGAGGGUGUGUGUGUGUGUGUGUGUGUGUGUGUGUGUGUGUGUGUGUGUGUGUGUGUGUGUGUGUGUGUGUGUGUGUGUGUGUGUGUGUGUGUGUGUGUGUGUGUGUGUGUGUGUGUGUGUGUGUGUGUGUGGUGGAGGGUGUGUGUGUGUGUGUGUGGUGGAGGGUGUGUGUGUGUGUGUGUGUGUGUGUGGUGGAGGGUGUGUGUGGUGGCAUUGAGUAGGUACAUGUAGUCAAUUGAUU